GAAGUAAGUUUCACUAGACAAUUCACUAGUUCCCCCUCUCUCCUUCCGAUGUUUCCUACGUUGUGCAUGACGGUCACUGACAAUUCUUACUAUGAUGGCACAUGUGCUGAGGCUUAGUUAAAUCGAUCUCUUACAGACCUAAACUUUUGUUUCAGAGCCGUAGACCUAGCUUGAAGCAGGGUUGGGAAACCACUGAAUUAGUAGAAUGGAUUUUCCUCACCUGACGGAAGAUGACAUGGCUGAAAUAAAAAAGGAAGCACUUGAAAGGCUACGCCCGUACCUGGUCGACAAGAUCAUCGCCAGUCGACAUUUUGACUACCUUCGCUCAAGGAAGAUCCUGACUCGAGACGACACGGAGGAGAUAAACUGCCGUACCACAGACCGCAAGCGAGCUGGCAAGCUCUUGGAUUUCCUGGCCGAAAACCCUCGGGGCUUGGAUACGUUAAUUGAAUCUAUCCGUCGGGAGCGCACUAUUAACUUCCUCAUCACUAGGAUAACCGACGAGGUGCAGCGGGUGAAGAAUGAGAGGAUAGCCGCUCUAAAGGCUGAAGCCUGCAGUGCCAGUUCAAGUUCAAACUACACCCACUCCAAGCCAGGUGCCACCAACGACCUCUCUCGGACAUUCUCUUAUGAUUCAAACUUUGACAAGACUUGCUAUGCCUCCACCUUGCUUUACCACCCGGAGGGCGAGAGGAGCCCAAAUAACUCGAUGGUCUCUAGUUCACUAAACCUGCUCAGUGAGUCUCCCAGGGGGCGAGACAACCCUGGGGGCAAUGCUGUUGGCAGUAGUGACAGUAUGGUUGGGUCAUCCUCCUGUGUCUCCUCUUUACCCAAGCCAGGAGACCCAGGGGCUCCCCCGCUACCGGAAGAGGUCCUGGAUGAGGCGCAGGACACAGACCCUGGUGCUUGUGGGAGCACGGCCAGUGGCGGGGACGCCAACUUCCAACCACUGCGAUCCCGGUCCAUUUCAUCUCGCCCAUCUUUCUCUUCCAUUUCACCCGCCUCGCCCUACAGCUAGUGAACUGACCCCGUGCCAGUGACUUUACCAUCAUGGCCUGCUCCCACUUCUGAGACCGUUGAACCUUUCUGUUAUUUUAUUAGUAAGACGUGUGCCUAUUUGUGUUAAUGUUGUCCUUCAUUUGUCUUUUUUUUCAUGGUGCAUAUCUGAUAUAUCUUGUCUGAUCCUCCUCAUCGUUUUAGCUGUCUUCAUGUUGUUGUUUUUUUGUCCAUCUUGUGCCUUUUUAAAUGGUUCAUGCAUGGUCGAGGAGAAAUCCUUCAGUAUACAGCUUCACUCAGAGUUUGUAUACUUCCUGAGAUGAUCGGAAAUCCCAGGAUCCCAGGCCAGUUGAAACUUGCCUGCGGUGUGUUUAUAGCUAGCUGGCUGUUUUAUAUAGCAACCCCAACCUUCGGGCACAUUCUUCCCAACAGGCCUCUUCAGAAUAUGCCUGUGAUGUUGGAUGUGGAGUGGAAUAAGAUCCCUCAGUGUCAUAUAGGCCCUGAUGGAAAUGCUGGGCAAAGUCUAAAGUCUAUAACUAAAGCGUGCUUAAUAACUAUGCAAAAUAUAAUGCAGUUGUAAUACCUGAGAAUGAUCCUGAGUAGCUGCACAAACGUCGAUGCAGCUGAGAGCUGUCUCACGCCACAUGAUACUGUACAGUUCAUGCACAAGAACCUUGCUCAGAGAAUGACUUUACCCGGUAUUUCAAUUAGGGCCCAUGGUGUCAGACAACAGAUUUCAUAACAAUGUUUAGCUGGAUGUAGCCAUGCACCGGCAUUUGGUAUCAUGACCUCUAGACAGCCAUCAUCUUCUAUCACUGAUGAUGAUCAGGAAAAGCAUGUAUUUUGUGUCAUUAAUGUAUAACCACAAAUCACACUAUCAGUCAUUAUAAAUCAAAAAACGCUCAAAUUUAAAAACCAAACUGACAGAGGAUUAUACUUCAAACUGAAAGUAACUAACUGAAUCAUAUUCAGGAUCAUAUCUGUAGCGUCACUGAUUGCUCUGCUGUUAAGCUGGUGGUUGAAGUUAGGUAAAACAAAUUAAUCUAACAGUGGAACCACUACACAUGGAAAUAAAUCACAAAGCUGCAAUAAAUUGAUUGUGAAAUUAUCAAUGCAAACUUUGGAAGAAAAAGGUGCCUGUGUGUAUAUACUGUAUGUGAAAGAACAAAUCUGGUGUUAGAUGUGUUAGUUCAUAUGUCUGUGUUCCAAUAGUUAAUUGUAGGCUGUAGUCUAUUUGUAAUGUGGGAUAUACUUUAAGGGGACUGAAUACAAGGGUAAAUGUUUUCUGUUCACACUAUCUUGUCAUUUUUUUAAGCUCUGAGAAGAGAAUUUGUUGUUUUUUACCAUCUUAUAGGGUUCAAUCUAACUUGCAUCCACAUUUGUACUGGAUGGCUCACAUAUGAUAUCAUUGGUUAAUCUGGCCUAACAGCAAUAUGAGUGCCAGAGUGUUCCACUGAAAUAUGUCUGUUGGUUUGUUCAGGUAAUAAAUCUGCAGUACAAUUCAAAGAAACACAGUAUACCUAACAAAAUGCUCAUUUCUGUUUCAUGUUUCUGCAUGUAUACUCUCAAAGUCUACUCUCCAAGAUGACAAAAAGGAACCAUCUUUGUUUUGACACUGUUAGAGAAAGUUUGAGUAAUUUAUGUUCUUCAAUUGUUUCUGUAUGACUUUUUUUCCGUGGUGAAUUUAGGGGCGACUAUGAUUGGCAGCUUGAUGCAAAGAAUGCUGUAGAACUUGCAUGAUGAAACUUAAGAAUGAAAAGAAUCCUUUAACUCUUCAUCUGUAUGAAUUCUUUAUCAAGAUAAAACUGUUUUCUUGCUCUGCCA